AUGGAUAAUUCCCAAGAUUUUAAGCUAAGUAGAUUACUCGAUUAAAUUUCAAUCAUCAAAGGUGAUUUAGAAAAGUUAAACGAAUUCAAUACGUUUGUUCUCAUGUGCAGAGAACUAACAAAGGUAUUUGAGACUUAUCACUAAGUUUAGAUUUUUAUGGAAAUGGGUGGAAUUUUAAAAAAGGCUUUUGAAGAUAUCACAUCUAAAUGUAGAUUACUAGAGAGGAAUUGGAAUAUGCAUAAACAUGGAUCAUUAAUUGAUUUUAUAUUAUUUGAAAAAUAGAAGGACAUUGCAAAAUUGAAUGGUUAGAACACUGAAAAGUUUGGAUACAAAGAAGGAGAUUUUUAUUUCGAUUACGAAUCAUCAGCCCGUACUCUAUUAAGACUCAUGUGGUUUUUCGACUUUAUUUGCAAUAUGACCAACCAAUUGAUAACUGAUUAAAAGAAAAGUUUCAGUUCCAUCUGCUCAGAAGCAUAUAAUGAAAGUCUUGCCCCUCAUCAUUCCUUCACUAUUAGAACUGCUGUCAAAGCAGGUUUAUACACUGUAGGAAGUCGCGAUAAUUUCUAUAAAGUAGUAUUUAAAGAGAACGAAGACAAAGAUGAAAAAUUGGCACUAUUACGAGAUACACUUAUGAAACUCAAAACAAGGCUAUGGACAUUAUACAAGAUUGAAAAUUUGGAUGAUUUACCAUGA